AGGUCCCGUUAACAUCUUUGCCGCCGAAGAGCAUUUUCUGGUGGCAUUCUGCUUGCUUGCCAUCAAUCGUAGCCGAGAGGUGUGGUUUGGCUGUUGUCAAUUCAGUUCUCAGCUGUGCAGUGGUUUUGGAAUUCUCCUCCUUCUGCUUCUCGAGAAGAUCCGUUUGUUUCAGGUCACCAAACUGCUUGUUCGUCCUUGUGAGAUGUCUAGAUAUCUUUUUUAUAUUUUCUUUGGGAUCUGUCUAGUGCAACUUUUUGCUUUUGCAUUUUUUAAUGGCUUUUUCGGGCCACCCCGUUUUUUCUGGGCAGUUAUCCCAUUCUUGUUAAUGGCUGCGUUCACAUCAUUAUUAUUACAGUGCAUUUCAAAACUAUAGACGCGUAGGGUUUUUGAAAUAUUUCAAAUUUGGCUGGAACCUUUUGAGAAUAGUUUUCGGAAUAUUGCUCAGGAUCGCUCCACAAUUACUCUCAUAUAGUUUCUAAAGGAUUGGAUAACAGACGCCCAAUUUGGAAAUAUUUAUGCACAAAGUGAUCACAGAUUUUAUGUGGUAUAGAUGCUGGCAUAACGGUUUUUGCCUAGGUACGCGUCUAUAGUUUUGAAAUGGACUGUACAUUCGUACCGGCACACCUGCAACACAAUUAUUUGAAAGAAAGAAAAGUGCAUUUUCUUUGUGUUUCAGUUCUGUUUACUAGUAUUGAAUAUUUUUACUCAUGUCAGGCAUUCCUACUCGAAUUCAUAGUAUUGGAAUCCAUCUGGUAGGAAUUCCCUUAGGUCUUAGUGUGCCCAUGCUUUUCGCAAGCAGUCUUGGCAUAAUUAUCUCCUGGCCCUGACCUGAACCUGUCACGGCUAGGCACCGGCGGAUUUUGCCGGCACAAUUAUUGGCAUAAUUUGGUGGUUGAAAGUUUGGAGCAUAAUUUUUGGCAUCCUUUCGGAGGUAGGAGCAUAACUACACGAUUGUAUUACAGGUGCAGUUCUACUACAGUUGAACAUCGAUUAUCCGCACAUCGACUUAUCCGACCAUUCGAUUAUCCGUAACAGUUUUUUUGGGCGCACGUGCCGUAGAGUACGCACUGUGCAUGUAGUGAGCCAUUCAAAAAAUACGAAAAUUUUGAAAAGUAGCACUCUAUUCUAUUUACAAUGUACAUGUACAUGUAUUUACAGUGUGUUUUCUUA